AGCAUCACACGAUUACUCUAUUGUGGGCUUCUGUAACGCAGAUCAUCAAUCAAGCAGUGCCUAGUUAUAACAUCGUAGGUAGGGACCACGUGAGAUUAAUAAACCGAUUAGUGAACUUACUAUAAUCACCAUCAACAUCGCUGUCAACACGACAAGUCCUGAUCCUCUCCACCAAGAGAAUGUCUUGAUACAUCGACGCCCAGAGAUACUAAAGUAAUCAUGCUUGGAGGUGAACGCAGGCCUUUUACAGAUGCGAAGAACACCUAAGCUUGCAGUGUUUACGAUUGAUAUAUAAUGUCGACACCAAUGGCGCCUUCUGCUCACCACAAGCGUGAAAUCCUCGAUUUCUCAAGACUUCAUUAACACACCACCAGCAGGCGUACCAGCAGCGCCCCCAUCAGUACAGCAAAGCGUCCCCACAACCACUAUCCACUUCACCCAGUCCAUCGCCAGACCAAAACCACCCACCAUGCCCCCCUUCAAAAACGUCCUCCUCAUCGGCGCCUCCGGCAACCUCGGCACCGCCCUCCUCACCGCCCUCCUCCCCUCCCAAUACCGCGUCACACCGACUACACCUCCCUCCCCUCCCUCGCCGCCGCCAUGCGCCACCAAAGACGUCGUAAUAAGCACCAUCGGCGGCGCCAUCGUUGGCGACCAAAACCGAUUCAUCGACGCCGCGCUCGCCGCGGGCGUGACACGGUUCAUACCGAGUGAAUUCGGGCCCGACACGCUGCAACCCGGUGUGCACGAGGUGAUUCCCUCGCUGCCGGCGAAGCUGAGCACGGUGCAGUAUCUCCGGACGAAAGAGGGGGCGUUGGAGUGGACGAGCGUUAUUACCGGGGUGUGGCUGGACUGGGCGCUGACGAGCGGGCUGUUCGCGUUUGAUGUCCAGAACAAGGUGGCAAGGGUUGUGGAUCGUGGGGCCACGGCGUUUACGGGCACGCUGCUGGCGAAGGUCGCAAAAGCGGUGCUGGCGAUCCUGGACCGGCCGCAGGAGACGCGGAAUCGGUAUGUGUACAUCUCGUCCUUCACCACGACGCAGAACGAGGUGCUGGCGGCGUUUGAGCGCGUCGACGGCCGGAAAUGGAGCGUGGUGCACGAGAACUCAGAAGAUAUUCUAGCUACGGGCCGCAAAAUGGUGCAGCAGGGGGAUUACGGCGGCACGAUGCAUUUGGUGCGGUACAUUGUAACAAACAAAGCGGGACUGGGACUGUCGCCGCGGGAGAAGCUGUGGGAUGAGAGGCUGGGGCUGGAAGAGGAUGAUUUGGAGCAGAUGGUUCGGGAUAUCUACAGUGGGAGGUAGGAGGUACGGAGGUGCUGGCGUGGGGUCUGGGGGAUUGCGGGGAUGGCGGGGAUGGCGGCGGUGAGGUGGGGGAUGGGUUCGCUCCAGGAGCCGAGAGAGAUCUAUCGAGGGGG